CUAUAUAUAUUUGAAGGUUGUCAAGCAUUAACCAACAACUUUGUUAUUCUUGGGCACUACCUUAGUCUAAAAACGCAAGACCAUGUAUCUCAUUUAAAUUUCGUCAAGAGAUCCUUGAUAUUCGCCCUAAUCCAUCACCAGAUAAGAAUGGACUUGCUGCAGUCUUGCUCGCGGAUCGAACAAUUGAGCUGAUUAACACUGAUGGGGCACCGACAGUCGUCCUCAAAGCUAAAAAAUAUACAGCUAUGGCUUGGUCUGCAAAAGGCAAGCAAAUCAUGUGUGGAACAGACACCGGUGUCCUUCAGCAGAUCGAUCCUGAAGGUGUCGUAAAAAAGGAGCAUCAGCCUAAUCCUGAAAAUGAAGGCAAAAUGGUUGUUGGAAUCAACUGGAUCGAAACAGCAGUGUUCAUCGCUGUUUACUGCGUACCGCCAGCUGAUGAUAACGAUACACCUGAAUACGAUGUUUGCGUCAUUUCAAAGGAGGUCCCAUCCAGUCCAAAAUACCAAACAUUCGGUGACAUUUGUUUCGCAAUGCCACAAGAGGGUGCAGGCUCGGUAUAUUUUAUGACACCCUCUAUCAAAUCAUGGGGAGGUGAAUUUAAAGAACUUAUUACUGUAGCAUCCUCGCCAUCGAUGGACGUUGUAGGGAUCGGGAGAGGAAGUGAUGGAGACUGGAAGAAAUGGGAUCUCGAUGAUACAAAGCGCGCUACUGUCCCUGGGUUUGACAGCAUCUGCCUAGGCCUUGGCUUAGACUUGACAUCUACAGCAGCGUUAGAACCUUUGGAGGAAGAUGGACCGGCUGUUCAACCAUGCCCAAUCAUUUACAUUUACACCCAUCUAGGCGCACUCGCAGCUUUCCAUAUUCUUAAUUUACAAGCAGCGAAAACAGGAGCGGGCUGUCCUGCCAUGGUAAAACCGGCUGAUCUUCCAGAAUCAGCCCCUAAACCUAAAGCGAGCCCAAGCGCUACUAAAGCUACAGUCGCUGCCCCUAUCGCCGCUACAAAAGCUACAGCCGCUAUACCUACAGCCGCUGCACCUACCGCUUCAGCUGGUGCGUUUGGAUCAAUAUCAAAGACACCAGUGUCUCCCUUCGCAACUACGGCAGCUACAGGAUCGCCACUUAGUAAAUCCACUAUCGCAACGCCACCCUUGCAGCAACUUAAACCAGCAGGAUUGCAAAAAAUGAACUUUGGCGCUCCAUCACCGCUUUCCAACCCUCCAACCACCUCUUUCGCCCCUAAUCCUGCUGUAACCCCAAACCCAUCAUUUCAACAGGCCAAACCAGCUGCAUCCACCACAACCUCUGUCAGGCCUAGCCCAUCUCUACAACAAAACAAGGCUCCAGCCCCGAAGCAGCCAGGCAUAAUGCAAAAGUUGCUACAAGAAGAUAAACCCCUCAAAAUCAUCCGCAAGAAGAGCCAAUCAGAAGAAUCGUCUGCACCAGCCCCCAAAGUCAGUGCGGCCAUGGAUGCCUUAUCCCGACAACUGGAGAAUACAUACCUUGCUAUGACAGAGGAGCUCAGGACUCUGAGCAGCCACGUGAAGGAGACGGAGGAGCUUAUCAAGGCCCGUGAACUUGUUUUUGAAGAGCUGGAUCAAUUUAUGAGGGUCACAACCAAGCGUAUUAAGGCAGCUAGUGAUGCAAAAGCGUUGGCAGAAUCAGUUUACAAGGAUUUUGUCCAGUUGAGAGCAGACCUCAUUAAAGCGACUACGAAAAAGGAUGAAAUUGGACGAUUGUUGAGGGCACGACAGGAUCCCAACUUGCAUGACAUGCUCCAAUACAACGAGCUGAAUCCAGCUCAGCUCAGUCAACAGGCGAGGAUGAAGGCAUCAUUUGAGGUUGUCGACAAGCGUCUUGUAGAACUGGAAGACUACGUGGAAACGUUGAGUUUGAAGGCCACUAGAUUACGUCAGGGCCAUGACUUUGAAGGACCUACUCUGGAUAGUAUUCGCCGUGCUAUAUGGAAUAUCAGUCAUACUCUUCUCCAACGACAGGAUGAUUUAGACCAACUCUCUCGUGCUCUGGAUGAUUUUUCGAUCUCAGGGUCCCUGAAUCCAACAAGGGAUCGUAGUAAGAAGGUAUCCGUCAAAGAAUCAGCAACACCAAAUCCUCGAGCAAGUCUGCGUGGAUCAGUAGCGCUCUCUUCAAUGGUUGAUCAACGACCAAUAACCAAAAUAAAGAAUGAAAUGGCACAAGCCUUGAAGCGUGUGCUCACGCGUGAUGCACGUGUUAAGCCAAUUUUUACUAGCCUAUCUCAGAACGGUCCUGGAGGAACACUGUCUAUGAUUCCUAGAACACAAGCUCCAGAAUUCAUACCAGCUCCUGAACCUCGACGUGCUGAGGCUAAGAAGCGGCUCUCUGCCGUUAUUUCGCCCCCGAGCGAGCAGCAAGCUGUGACUACACCUGCUGCAGAUGCCACACUCCCUGCGUUCCCGUCACCUGGAUUCGCAUCACCUGGAUUCGCAUCACCUGGAUUCGCAUCACCUGGAUUCGCAGCAACAUCACAGUCAUUCCAGUCACCCACUACCGCGAUGGACGCGCCAAAGGCUUUUACUGGUUUUCAGGUGCCAACGCCAUUCAAAGCGCCGCAGAACACUCCACCAGCGUUUGGUUUUGCGGAGACUCUUUCUCAGCAACGAUAUGAAGAGAAGGACUAUGAAGAAGCAUUCAAGGAUGGAAAUGCUCAAGACGAGCAAGAGCAUUAUGAGGGAGAAGAAGAAGAAGAAGAAGAAGAAGAAGAAGAAGACGAAGAGGUAGAGGAAGAAGAGGGAGAAGAAGAAGAAGAGCAGGCUAGAUCUAAUGAACGUUACACACAUUAUGUACAUGAUGGUCAGGAAUAUGAACUCGAGGAGGGUUCAGAACCAGAAACAUGGGAUCUGAGACUGACCAGCGGGAUUAUGACCGGGAUGAUGAUCAAGAAGAAGAAGAACAAGAGGAGGCCUCGAAAGAACAGGAGAAGGAUGAGCAGAGGCAGGAGGAAGCAAAGAGUGUUCAGGUGCAGCAAAGCAUUCAGCUGCCAAGUAAGGCAGAAACAAAUCCAGAAACUGAGAAAAAGGCAUGGUCAGCGCCAGGGUUCCAAUUCCCAGCAGUUGCCUCUCCCACGUCAGGAACAAGAACCUCGUCUGAUGCUGGAUAUUCGUUCUUUACUACAAAUACAAAACAGCCCAAGGAUACGACUCAGGCAGCCAAAGCCCAGCCUGCCUUUGGUACCGUAUCUGGCAAUAAUACGUUUGGUUCUCAAACGGCAUUCAGCUUUGGUAAAGCUCUUGAGGCGACACCCACUUCCUCUGUUGCAACUACACCUAAAGAAGCCGUCUCAUCAAAUGGGCAAAGUCAGCCUAGUAUCCCCUUUGCUAAAGUAGAAACUCCUGUUAAAGCUCCAGUUGUGACAACAACCUCUACACUACGUGAACAGCCGGUUGCGGAUAGUGACGAUGAGCAGAAUAAUGAAGGAGAAGAAAAGGAAGAAGAAGAGGAUGCCUAUUCUGAGGCUGAAAUCGACAAGAAAGCAUACCGUGGUGAUGUCGCCUCAGAAAGGGAACAGGAUCAAGGCAAAGGGGAGGAGGACGAAGCAGAUG